CUAACAGCGAUUGCUAUAACGAAAUCGUGCUGUAAAAAAUGUGCAGUGGGUCGCACCUUCAUAUUGGCUAACCCUUUUCUGUUCGUCAGGUCCCGGCCGUCGAGAUGUGGGGCAGGUGGGGCAGGAAGACCAAGCGGCAGUGCAUUGACGACCGGCACGUGCGAGCCAUGUAUAUUGGUGACGACGCUGUCCGUGCAACGGACAACCCCUCAGAGUGGAAGGUGCGGAGCUCAGCAGGGGACGAGUUCUAUACGGUGCGGAAGCUGAGUGAUGCCUGCCCCCAGGUGUCGUGCAGGGAAACGAACAGAUACAACGGAUCCGACGAUGCCUUAAAGAUAUCGGGUAUGCUUUGGACAGAUACGACGAGGAUGCUUUGUCUGGGAUUAUCGACGAGGUGGCUGAUGAUCUAGAUAGAGUUGAGGCUAAGCUGUCUUCACACUGCGAAGAUUUUGAGAAUGGUGUAGGCGACGAAGAGGAGGACGACGAGGAGGCGGAGGAAGACGACGCGGAGGCGGACGAAGACGACGAGGAGGCGGACGACGACGACCUAUAAUGCGACAUAUCAAUAAUGGCUUUAUACUGACUGUUGAAAAAGUUUGGUAUUUCGUGUAUUAGGUCUAAUAAAUCUUUCUAAAUUUGC